GCCGGCCGGGCCCCCGGAAGCGGAGGCCGCUAGCCGAGCCGCGGCUGCCACUGGAUGUCCUUGCCGUCACUGCGCGCUCCUCCCUUGGCCUGGGCCGGCCGCCGCUGAAGCCCGCGGAGGAGAAAGAGCAGGAGGAGCCGGAGCCCGCGGAGGAGGAGCAGGCAGCGGCCUGAGACCGCUACCGGAGGCGACAUGUGGCGGGCGCGCCGUGCCACCGAGGCCUGUGAGGUCUGCCGGAGCCUGGUGAGCGCUGGCUGCGCCAUCAGAGGCGCGCUCUCCCUGCCGCAGCCGCGCCUCGUGUCCCGGAGCCUCCACCACCCGCGCCCCCCCACGGCGAGGCCUCCGCGGGCCCAGCUGCAGGGCUGUCAGCCCUUCUCCUCCCUCAGCCACCUCGCGCUCCGAAGAUGGAAGCUCUCUCCGGCCAAGCCCAGCUACCAGUCGCGGAGGCACUUCUGGCCGGCCCGCCUGGCGGCCCGGCUCCUGCGGCUCCGCUACCUGCUCCUGGGGUCGGCCGUGGGCGGCGGCUACACAGCCAAGAAGACCUUCGACCAGUGGAAGGACAUGAUGCCCGACCUCAGCGACUACAAGUGGAUCGUGCCUGACUUUGUGUGGCAGCUGGACGAGUACAUCGACCUGGAGAAGCUCAGUAAGGCCCUCCCGGAUUCAGAGGCCUUGGCGAAGCUGAUUCCGGACCUGGACAAGCUGGCGGGAAGCUUCAGCCUGCUCAAGGACUUCUUCUCCACAGGUGACAAAUGGGUUAGUGAAGUCGUAGGAGCUUCUGACCUUCUGUUGUUAGGGACCUCGGGAGAAACGGCGUUUCGAGCCACUGAUGCGUCCGAAAGCGACAGGCAGUUUAAAAAGGGUCUGCUUGGUGAGCUCAUUAUCUUACAGCAGCAAAUCCAAGAGCAUGAAGAGGAAGCCCGCAGAGCAGCUGGCCAGUUUAACACAGGCUAUUCCCAGCAGCAGCGCAAGGUGACAGACAAGGAGAAGGUGGAGCAGCUUCAAGAAGAACUCCUGCGAACUCAGCUGAAAUAUCAGAGAAUCUUAGAGCGUUUGGAGAAAGAGAACAAAGAACUGAGAAAAUUAGUGUUGCAAAGAGAUGACAAAGGGAUCCAUCACCGAAACCUGAAGAAAUCUCUCAUCGACAUGUAUUCUGAAGUCCUGGACGUUCUUUCGGACUACGAUGCCAGUUACAACACCCAAGAUCACCUGCCCCGGGUUGUCGUGGUGGGGGACCAGAGCGCCGGGAAAACCAGCGUCCUGGAGAUGAUCGCCCAAGCGCGGAUAUUCCCUCGCGGCUCCGGCGAGAUGAUGACCCGCUCCCCCGUGAAGGUGACGCUCAGUGAAGGUCCUCACCACGUGGCCCUGUUUAAGGACAGCUCUCGGGAGUUUGACCUGACCAAAGAGGAAGAUCUCGCAGCCUUGAGACGAGAGAUUGAGCUCCGGAUGAGGAAGAACGUGAAGGAAGGCUACACCGUGAGCCCCGAGACCAUCUCUCUGAACGUCAAAGGGCCCGGCCUGCAGAGGAUGGUCCUGGUGGACCUGCCUGGGGUCAUUAACACGGUGACGUCCGGCAUGGCUCCGGACACCAAGGAGACCAUCUUCAGCAUCAGCAAAGCCUACAUGCAGAACCCCAACGCCAUCAUCCUCUGCAUCCAGGACGGGUCAGUGGAUGCUGAGCGCAGCAUCGUGACGGACCUGGUCAGUCAGAUGGACCCUCACGGCAGAAGGACGAUAUUUGUGCUGACCAAAGUCGACCUGGCGGAGAAGAACGUGGCCAGCCCCAGCAGGAUUCAGCAAAUCAUUGAGGGAAAACUCUUCCCCAUGAAAGCCCUGGGUUACUUUGCUGUUGUCACAGGAAAAGGAAACAGCUCCGAGAGCAUUGAAGCCAUCCGAGACUACGAAGAGGAAUUCUUCCAGAACUCCAAGCUCCUGAAGACGAGCAUGCUGAAGGCCCACCAGGUGACCACGAGGAACCUCAGCCUGGCCGUGUCGGACUGCUUCUGGAAGAUGGUGCGCGAGUCCGUGGAGCAGCAGGCCGACUCGUUUAAAGCAACGCGCUUUAACCUUGAGACCGAGUGGAAGAAUAACUUUCCCCGACUGCGAGAACUUGACCGGAAUGAACUCUUUGAGAAAGCCAAGAACGAGAUACUGGACGAAGUCAUCAGCCUGAGCCAGGUGACGCCCAAGCACUGGGAGGAGAUUCUCCAGCAGAUGCUGUGGGAGCGAGUGUCGACCCACGUGAUCGAGAAUAUCUACCUUCCUGCCGCCCAGACUAUGAACUCGGGCACGUUUAACACCACGGUGGACAUCAAGCUGAAGCAGUGGACUGACAAGCAGCUGCCCACGAAGGCCGUCGAGGUGGCCUGGGAGACCCUGCAGGAGGAGUUCUCGCGGUUCAUGACGGAGCCCAAGGGCAAAGAGCACGACGACAUCUUUGACAAACUCAAGCAGGCCGUGAAGGAGGAGAGCAUCAAGCGGCACAAGUGGAACGACUUUGCCGAAGACAGCCUGAGAGUCAUCCAGCACAACGCCCUGGAGGACCGCUCCAUCACCGACAAGCAGCAGUGGGACGCCGCCAUCUUCUUCAUGGAGGAAGCCCUGAGGGGGCGGCUCCGGGACACGGAAACUGUCCUCGAAAACAUGGUGGGUCCAGAUUGGAAAAAGAGGUGGAUGCACUGGAUGGGGCGCACCCAGGAGCAGUCCGUUCACAACGAAACAAAAAACGAACUGGAGAAGAUGUUGAAAUGUAACGAGGAGCAUCCGGCCUACCUGGCCAGCGACGAGAUCACCACCGUGCGCAAGAACCUGGAGUCGCGGGGAGUCGAGGUGGACCCUUCCCUGAUUAAGGACACCUGGCACCAGGUCUACAGAAGACACUUCUUGAAAACGGCCCUGAGCCACUGCAACCUCUGUCGGCGAGGCUUCUACUACUACCAGAGGCACUUUGUGGACUCUGAGUUGGAAUGCAACGACGUGGUCCUCUUCUGGCGCAUCCAGCGCAUGCUCUCCAUCACGGCCAAUACCCUGCGGCAGCAGCUCACCAACACCGAAGCAGUCCGGAGGCUGGAGAAGAACGUCAAAGAGGUACUGGAGGACUUUGCUGAAGACAGCGAGAAGAAGCUGAAGCUGCUCACGGGGAAGAGGGUCCAGCUGGCUGAAGACCUCAAAAAAGUUAGAGAAAUUCAAGAAAAGCUGGAUGCUUUCAUUGAAGCCCUCCAUCAAGAGAAAUAAAUAAUAGAAUCCCUCCCAGCAGCAGCUGCCUCUGAAUACAGUGAACAAAGAAAAACGCUUCUUGGCCUUUCUCUUUGGAGAGCCUACACGUGGAAACAUGCCUUGUCCAGAAAACAAGUAACUUAUUCUUGGUGGAGCCUCUGUAGUUACAACACCCCCCGUCUCUGCUGGCGUGGCUACAUCAUCACCCUCUGUUUGGAGUCCAACUGCCCAGGGCACAGGUCCUUGUGAUAGAGAGACUGGUUUUACAUGGUAGCCAUUGCUUUUCCAGAAAAUAUUGCUGAGUGUUUGAAAUAAAAACCUGGAGCAACACUGUCAUUUGUAUAUAAAGUAAUCCUAUCCCCAAAAAGUCAUCGUUUGGAUCUGUGAUGUCCUGUCAGAGGAUCAACGGAUUGCCCCCAUUCACUUUAAGCUUGCCACGUGAAAGGGAACAGUCUUUGGCAGGAAAUUGGGAGCUUGAACAAUUCGAUGUCCUUGAAGUUUGGGGUUGUGAUCAUGUUAGCCGUAAUCAUGGUGUCUCCAGCCUGGGCCUUGGAUUCAGUGUUGGCUAGGCUUCUUUGUGUCCAAAGGGAGUGAAAAAACCCAGUUCCAAGCAAUUUGCUGGCACUCGAGAUCAUCUGCAAAAGAGGGAUUUUUUUUCUUUUUAGAGGUACACGAGAGCCCUUGAUUGCUAGUACGAGCCUCUCGUGCCCUCAAACACGUGCAACGAUCAUUUCAAAGCACAGUUUGAGGGCAAUCAGUGACAGAAACCAAGGACCCGCCUCUGUCACCCACGCUGGUGGACCUGACGUGUUCCACUGAGGCGGGACCACUCCCUUUGGAGCCACAGGGGCUUUUCCCUAUGAUGUGUCACUUUCCUUGGCAUUCAGCUUCAUUUUCCGGCUUCUAAUAAAAACUCCCACUUCAUGACAAUCUGCUUCCUCCUGUCCACUUAGGGUUCCUUUGUCCAAAAUUCAGGUUUUUAUCACUAGCCUAGGGAUUUCUCUUCAGUAUUCCAAGCAUUCCUGCCCAUUUGAGUAACAUUUUUCGAGACUUGGAGCCUGACAAGGAAGCUGAAGGGACUUCCUCCUCCCCAGGCUUGUAGCAUCACGGCACAUUUUAAGUUUGUUAAACUUUUGGAUUCUGGUAAAGCAACCACCUCAAAUGUGUUUUCUCUUUGUGUUGGUAUGGAGGGACUUGUAUUCCUGAAAAUUUCAGCCUUCAGAGAGGUCAGGACUGUAGAGCAAGGUCAGACCUUCUCUGGGUCAGGAGGAGAAAAGGCUCCCACCCCCGACCCUCUGGAAGGAAAGAUUCCUUGUCACCGGCUGGGUUUGGGGGCCCUCCUAGUAGCGUCUGCCUGGGUCACUCCUGGAGAAGCGUGUUAAGGAGAAAUGCCCACAGGGUUCAGUGUUCCCAUCUCGCCCUUCUCCAUUUACCUCAGCCUCUCACCCGGUGCGCGAGUAAGCUGAAAGGCUUUCCACACAAACACUGGUUCAUUUGCACAUUAAGAUGUUCCUUUAUAAUUGAUCUCAUGCUAAGUGUGAUUUUUUCUUUUCUUUUUUCUUUUUUUUUUUUUUUGAGGGAGGUCGGGGGUGGAAAUUUAGGUAUUUAUUGAAUGCAGAUGUAAUUGAAGGAAAAAAUAAAAUGCCUUUGGAACCCCUGAA